UCCCCAAAAACAUAGGCGUGAAUAACAGCUGAAAAUUAAUUGACAUGAACCGAUUUGGAGGUGUAUACAAAGACGAAAAUGUCGUCUGUUCCACAACCUGUGAAAUUUACAUCCCUGCAUCCUUACCGGAAUCGAGUACCUCUGUACUUAAAUGUGAGCUGCAUUCGUUUGGACAUUGUGACGUCUAUCUGAUUCAAACUGCCGGACGUUCGGACACUGCAACGGGGUCGAUUUCGGACUUACCAGGACAACAAAAGAUAAGGAUGGACUUGAACCUGAACAACAUAGUGGACGAUAACCUCCAUUACACGAGGAAGGACCAGUACUGGUACGAAUUCUCCAGACAAUACGGCCCGAAAGAGCGCUUUGUGACCGUCCAUUUCUGCAAAGAGGACGAACACUGUGAAAAGUUCUUAGAGCUGUUACAAAUCUCCAUCAGAACUCUGGAGGACUGCAGGCAACGCCAUAUACAACCAGAAAAUGAUUAUCGUCUCAUUGCCUAUGAAACUACUGGGAAAAUCUUUGUUCCUAAGACGUCAAGCCUAAAAGAAACAGACUUUGAUUUACCAUUUGAAUGUGUUUUGGAAACGAAUCGAGAAAAACAUCAAAAACACUGGGCAGAAGAGCAUGCUGUGUUUACCCACAUUAUUUCCCCAAACUGGAGGCCAAAACGAAAGACCACCAUGCCCAGUAAAGAGAGAUCACACCAUCAUACAUUCGGCAAGGUUCUUGAAAAUAUACAAACGCCUGACAAGUCUCAGCGGUAUCUUAAUUGUCAGAAAUGUUCGGAGUCCUUCGAUCUGGAAAAUAAACAACCCAGGCUUCUGCCUUGUCUCCAUACAUUUUGUUUUCGCUGUAUAAAAAAUACAAAAAUAGGCAAUAAAGUACGAUGCACAGUUUGUGACAUAACACAUGACGUAAUGGACAUGGACAAAGAUUGUCCAAGAGAUGACACGAGGUUUGAUUUGAUAGAAUAUUGUAAACUCAAGGAUGGAAACCAAAAUUUGUACUGUAGUGUAUGUCCAAAUAAAGUUGCAACGCACAGAUGCACAAAUUGUGCGGAAUGGCUGUGCUCUGAAUGUGAAGAGGCACAUAAAAGAGUAAGUGCUACAAAGAAGCACAUCUUACUGUCGACUGAAGACAUGAAACUUGCAAAAAAUCUAGAAGGGUUCAAAAGAAACGUGAUGUGUAAACGUCAUUCAGAAAAUUGUCUCAAAUUUUACUGCACAACAGAAUCUUGCCAAGAACCCAUGUGUGCAACGUGUGCUUUGGAGAUGUGCGAGGAGCUAGAUGCGCACAAAACCGUAAAGGUUGAAAGUAUUGUCAAAGAAAAGCGGGAAGAUAUUGUAGCUUUGAUGGACAAAGUGGAGAGCAUUGUACAUGACGUCUCAGCAACUAUCGAACGAAUUCAUUCGGAGAAAAAGAAUAUAGAAGAUAAUGCUGAACGAGUCGUCGAAAAUAUUGAUUCAAAAUUCGAAAGUUUGAUGAAAAUAAUUGAAAUGAUGAAAGAAGAAUUAAAAACUGAGCUAAGAAAAGCAGUGGAUACAAAAUUAGAGGUAUUAGAAAAACAAAAACUUGAACUAGUUAUAUUAAAGAAACAGAUUGAAGAGGCAGAAGAAUUAACAGACCUUGUGUUAAUUUCUCCAAACUCUGUCGCUGUUAUGCAGUUGGAGAAAACAAUAAGAAACAAACUUCAAAAACUUUCAAAUGAAGUUAUAGACCAAAAUCCACGCGAGCUGUCUACUUUCGGUUUUUAUGAAGACGAUUUGGCAAUAAAUAUGGAACAGGUCAUUGCAAAGAAUGCCUGGAUUUGGACUUCUUCGGUGUUUCCGGACAAAUGUAUUACUAUUGUCGAUGAAACUUUCAUGGAGAACGACUCUGUGAUUUUCACUAUGAUGCCUCAAGAUUACAGAGGACUUCCGAUCAAAAUUGAUGCCAUUGUAAUGAAGGCAACAGUUGAGGAUCCCGAAGGAAACAUUUUUGAUGGAGAAGUGACUCCCAGGGAAGACGAGUAUGCAAUGGUGGACGUCAGAGUGAACGUUGUCUCCCUUGGGCGCCACAUCCUUAAGAUUUACAUGGGCGAUAAACUCGUCUCUACCACUGUUUUUGAUCGAACUCGGGUUAACCUCCGUUCUUCUUUCCCGUUAGGACUGGGCGAGAAAGUUAUCUCCCUGAACUUAGAAGAAACAGACGUGUGACUUUUAGUUGAUUAAUCAAUUAAUUAUGUCAAGACCAGGGUCCAGGAAGACAGCCGAAUAACUUUUUUCUACGCAUUUUUGCAAGCAUGCAUAUUAAGAUAAACUGCGUCAAUCGUGAAUAAAGUUAAAUAAAGACUCUUUUAAAAUC